AUGGCCGAGAAUCGGAGAAGGCUACGCCCGCAGUUGCCGCCGGCAUACUUUGGCAACUCGAUCUACCCGAUCAGCGCCACCAUCACGGCCGGCAAACUUCAGGCCAACGACCUGGGCUGGGCGGCGGGGAUGCUCAAUCAAGUCGUGGCCUCGCACACCCACGCAGCUAUUCGGGGAUUGGUCGAGGGAUGGAUGGCGUCCCCAUCGGUGUACCUUCUCUCAGGCCAGGACCACCACAGCAUAGUGAUGGCGAGCUCGCCGCAGUUCGACUUGUACGGGUGCGACUUCGGGUGGGGGAAGGCGGCGGGGCUGCGUAGCGGGAGUGCGAACCAGUUCGAUGGGAUUAUCUGGUCGUACCCCGGCCGAGAGGGUGGCGGCAGCAUCGACCUGGAGGUCUGCCUUCCACCUGAAGUCAUGAGCUCGCUAGAAUCAGAUGUGGAGUUUGCGCUGGCUGUUUCCACGUUGAAUUCAUUCAACAAAAGAAGCAUAAAGAAAAUGAAAUUAAAAUAG